AGGAAUGAAGUGGGCACACCGGUUAGGAUGGGUUAAUAUACGAGGAGCGCUGCAAACUGAUAACAAAUCACACCUGCAUGCACUAUGACGAGAGAGAGAACAAAAGGACAAAACAUCACAAAAAAAAACCCAGGUAUAGAAAUAACGCAAUACGCGACAACUCUAAAUAUGGCACAGGUACAAGCAACAAACAGAAUGUACAUGUGCACUAGGUGCGUGCAGACAUGUAAUUGCAGGCGCUAGCAACAACAGUAGUAGUAACAGUGCACUAGUUCAAGGGGUGCAAAACCACCACCAUCCAGGAAGAGCGAGUAUCAGGGCCAGAAAUAUGUACAAGGCCUCACCAGAGAAUUCACAGGAGGUCCCACCCUGCGUUAUUGUUUAUGCUGGGGCUCGUGUCGCGAAUUUGUAUUGCUUCGCGUAUUCUCCUCCUGGCCCGAUCCGACUCAGUGGCAAGGACGCGAACCUCUGUGAAUGCCGACUCGCCAAGCAGCAGUACCUCGCCGCCAUGGUGAAGUCGGUAGUGCUCGCCCAGGGCUUUUCCAGACGUCUUGUUGCGUGAGUUAUCAUUGUGUUCUUUUGUUCGCGUUGCUACACUGCGGCCAGUCUCUCCAACAUACUUCUCCGAGCACUUGCAGGUCAGACGAUAAACCACGUUGCGUCUUGUGCAUUCUACCUCGCUCGAUUGGCAUGCAACGCAGGCUGUGUCACUAAGUCCAGCCUCACUGGACCUUGCUGCCGUAAGUGGGUGGAUCCCGCUGCCCCGAGGCGACGAGGAAGGCCUAAAGCCGCCUGCGUUCACAUGGCAGAAAAAAACGACACCGCUAUGCUACGUAAGUUUCUACGUAAGGUACUCGGUACUUCACUUAGGCUACGUAAGUUUCUACGUAAGGUGCUCGGUAUUAGAUCUACCAACGCUUGGUAGCCGCGUGCUGUGCACGUGCACGGCAGACAUUGUGUUGCGUGCAGUGCAGUCCGUUUUCGGAUGUGCAUGCGCGAAGAACUUCCUUCUUUGGAACUGCUUCUUGCAUGAGCUGUUUCGGAUAUUUCGUGUCCUGGCUUAUUUCGCUUCGGCUCUGCUGAGAACUCUUUUCACGGAAUAUUACUCAAUGACAGGCGAGUUGACCAGUUCCCUUUGAUUCAUUUGCUUGUGUUGACUCUUUCAUUUACGAAAAGUGUGCUGAUUUUAGGUGGAAUACAAUAAAAUUAAUAAUGGAAAAGCUGACAGGAUCUCUUUUCUAUAUUAUUAACUUUUCUGCUGUCGAGGCCUCCUUUUACGGGAUACUCAAUGACAGGUGAUCUCUGAAUUGACCAGCUUCCUUCGAUUCAUUUGCUUAUGCUCACCCUUUCAUUUACGGAAACGUGUGCUGAUGUUAUUCGGAUUUAGAUCCAUUCGUAUUUCUUUGCCCUUGCCAACAGUGUGCGAAGAACGCGAGUUCACCUUCUUGACGGUAAGGCUUAUGUUGCUGCUGAGGCUUAGAUGUGUUGUCGAAAUACUCAUGUUCAUUGUACAUUGGUACGUUACAAGUAAGGCACUGGUCAUGAUUACUUCCGGCAUUCCGUGCUCCGAUCAUAGGGUAGAAUCUGAAUUUUGCAGUGGCAUAGCAUCGAUCUUCGCCCGUCGUCCCAGCAGCGGAGCAGUCUGCCCGUAUCGCGCCAUGAUGAUGAUCCAUAAUCCUCUACCCCAUCAACAACGAUCUUCGGUAGACGCUGGUGUUUCUCACCGCUCACGAGAACGCGCGUCGACACCCUGCACACAUACUCCGCAAUCUCCAUGGGAGUCAAGUCCACCCGAUCCGGGUGAAGAAGCAUGGGUCUUAGCUCGUAAGCUGUGCCCAGAUCGGUGAGUAACCGAACGGUUAAUUCAUCUUUAUUACUACAAGAAAAUAAAUAGAACUUCUCUACAUAUGGUUCGGAGGUUGACCAGGCCGACAUCUUUGAUCUGGUAGAGAGAGAAAUUCUGGAGACGGUACUCGAUCAUCCAAUGGACUCAAAAAUGAAUUGUGAACCAAAAAUGAAAUUAUAUCAGGUUUUAUAGGUCCCGCCAAGUCCCGUCCCGCCGGGUCCCGCCUCCGGGAAGGUGACGACCUUGGAGAACACGGUGAACACGGUGCGCGCCAAAAACCAAAACGUUGCUCGCGACAUGCCGUGUCUUUUUUGGUUCGGGUUUGGAAUCUUUCCAUUGACAUAAGUCAAUUAGUUUUCCAUCUAUGUCCGUAAUCGAAAGGUCCAUGAGCUGUAGAAUUUUUCUAGCUUUCCUCUCGUAUAAUUCUUUUCGACAUACAACAAUUCUUUCUCGAACUUUUAGCUGCUGGAAUACCGGAUUCAUCUUGACCUCAGAUGCACAGAUCAUGCAUCCAUGCAUUGACGUCACAGUACAUCAUUGCAGCACUGAUUUCACUGUGAAGUGUGGAACAUGGGUCAAUGCGCGAUAAAAGGAUGAACGUGAUUUCAGCGGGAAGUGCGCUAAUUGGUCACAUGUUUUCAGCGGGAAGUGCGGUAAGUGGUUAAUUGUUUCCAGCGGGAGAUGAGUGGAUUGGUUAAUUGAAAAACAACCAGUUAUUCCGAAUUCAACUAUUACGAAAACCCUAUAAAAAUAGAUCCUCGGUACCUUGUCAAGUCAUUGUGUGGUUGUCCGCCACCACCCCUGCUCAGGAUGGAACCCCUUCGGAAGAAACCUCGUCAGUCUUUUGAUGUAGUGAGAUCAUCUGAUCUGUUGCAAUUCUUUAGUUAUUGUCCUGAUCAAGAGUUUGCAGAUGUACUAAAGUUUUUCUCUCAUGUUCUACCGUCGCUGGAGCUGCUUCUUGAAGAGAAUAUUGAGCAAUGGGGUCAGUACAAGUGUUCUUUGGUAGUUCAGGUGGUGAUGCAGAAGCUGAAUCCUGCUACAGGACAAAUGGUUUCCAACACAUUCUUCUUCCGAUCGAGUACAACGCUGGUGCUCAACACCAUGGAGCUGAGGGACCUUCUCAGUAGGAUGAUUGCUCAGAUCAACGCUCGUCUUGAUGAUUUCGUUCGUCAUGGAUCAGGUUGGGUAGUUGAACGGAUUUCCUGUUUACACAUCGAAAUGUCACGCUAUUGUGUACUUGGAGGAAGUUCGUACAUCCCCUUGCCACCGGAGUUGAAGUCGAAGAAGGCCAUUGUUAACGUGCAGAACACUGACAACAAGUGUUUACUGUAAGUAUAGCAGUGGGGUUUCAGUGUUGUGUUAUGGUGUAUGGAUUGAACUGUAUGCCGCCUGUCCAUGUCUUAUGUCAUCCGUACUUUAGAUGGUCAAUACUGGCUGCUAAAUUUUCGGCAGACAAGUCUCGUCCAUGUCGUCAAUCGUCGUACGCAGAACAUGCGGAUACUGUGGAUGUGAGCGGCAUCGAGUUUCCAGCAAAACUGGAAGACAUACCAGUCAUCGAAAGACUGAACGACGGUCUUUACAUCAACGUCUUCGGAUAUGAAGAGAAAGUCAUAUAUCCGUUAAGAAUUUCUCAGCAACCGCAGUCCGCCAUCAAUGUAUUGCUCAUCCAAGACGAACGCAAUGACGUGGAGGUGCAGCACUGGGUGUGGAUAAAGUCAUUCAGUCGUCUUGUUGCUACUGGAGCACGUCGAGCACAUUUCGUCUGCUUCAGAUGUCUCUCAACACACGUCACGGAGAAGGCAUUGAAUAAUCAUAUGAUGUACUGCAGUGAACAUCCUGAAGCUACGGUGGAGAUGCCAAAGGCUGGCGAUAGAGUGAUGUUCAGGAAUGUGAACAAGCAGCUUCAAGCCCCAUUUGUGAUCUAUGCCGAUUGUGAGGCCUUCAUAGAACCUCUGUCCGCUGUCAAGAAAAUCGGUCAUUCGACAUUCCAAAAGAACAAGCAUGUAGCCUGUUCCUGUUCGUACAUUGUAGUACGAUCUGAUGGCGUCGUCACGAACCGUUUCUUCUACCGUGGAGAAGAUUCUAUGUUCUGUUUUCUGCUGUCACUUGAGCAAGAGGAGGAGAUUAUCCGUGAUGAGCUUCUAGCAUGUAAUGCUGGUCAAAUGAUCAUUUCAGAAAGUCAGCAACGUGAAUUUGAAACGGUAGUCUCCUGUUGGAUCUGUGGUGAAGCGUUGGGUAGCGAUCGUGUACGUGACCACUGUCACAUCACCGGUGCUUACCGUGGUGCAGCACACAACCAUUGUAACCUGAACAUGCGGAUUGAGCCAUUCAAGAUCAAGAUUCCUGUGAUCUUUCAUAACUUGAAGGGAUACGAUUCUCAUCACAUCAUAUCUGCCAUUGGGAGAACGUCCACUGAUGAGAUUACGUAUGUGAACGAGAAAGGACAAGAACGGACCAAGCGUCUCGGUGCUAUCAACGUGAUUCCCAUCAACAGUGAAAAAUAUGUCACAUUCGGAUGGAGACAGUUCCAGUUCAUCGACAGCCUGGCAUUCUUGAACACCUCCCUAGACCGGUUGGUUUCGGCUACACCACCAGAUGCAUUCGCCCUUCUAUCCGCACGAUUUCCAGACGAGGAUGAACGCAAACUGUUGACACGAAAGGGUGUCUACCCGUAUGAAUAUAUGGGGUCGUACGACCAAUUCGAAGAAACGCGUCUACCACCCAAGGAUGCAUUCCACUCAACGCUAACGAACACGGGUAUCAGUGAUGAAGACUAUGCCUAUGCGCAAACAGUAUGGACUGCGUUUGACUGUGAAGAUCUAGGAGACUAUCACGACCUCUACCUGGAGACUGAUGUGCUGCUGUUGGCUGACGUUUUCGAAAACUUCAGAAGAACUGCUCACGCAACCUAUGGAUUGGAUCCCGCUAAUUACCUCACCUUACCGGGAUUUGCCUGGGAUUCGCUGCUGAAAAUGACGAAGGUGUCCCUUCAUCUCAUUUCCGACAUUGACAUGUUCAACUUCAUUGAGCAUGGCAAAAGAGGUGGCAUAAGCAUGGUGUCCGCUAGACACGCCACCGCCAACAACAGAUAUCUAUCGGAGUACAAUCCAGACGAGCCGUCAAGCUUCAUCCAAUAUUUAGAUGCGAACAAUCUAUAUGGAUGGGCCAUGUCUCAACCCUUGCCCGUGUCGGACUUCUGCUUUGAAGCAGUGACGGAUGAUCUUCUGGAGACGGUACUCGAUCAUCCAAUGGACUCUUCGACGGGAUACAUGGUGGAGUGCGAUUUAAGGAUUCCAGAUGGUGUGCAUGACAUGAUGAAUGACUAUCCGUUGGCUCCUGAGAAGAUGAAGGUGACACGAGAUAUGCUUUCUCCAUAUCAGACCCACAUGGCAGAGAAACUAAUGGUGACCGGUUUGGAAGCGAAGAAACUGGUGCCAAAUCUACUGGUGAAAGAGCACUAUGUUCUGCACUACAGAAACUUGCAGCAGUAUGUGUCCUUGGGUGUGGAGAUUACAGAUGUGCAUCGUGUGCUCUCCUUCACACAACACCCAUGGAUGAAGCCAUACAUCGACACUAAUACUGACCUGAGAAAGCUAUCAACUUCUGAUUUCGAGAAAGACUUCUAUAAGUUGAUGAACAAUGCUGUAUAUGGCAAGACCAUGGAAAACGUUCGAAACAGAGUAAACAUCAAGCUCAUUCGUGAACAGGAUGAAAAACCACGUCUCCAGAAAAGCAUCAACAAACCUUCGUACAUCCGCAGUGUAGCCUUUGAGAACGAUCUGAUAGCAAUCGAGUUUGCCAAGACAAAGGUGACUCUCAAUAAACCCAUUUAUGUGGGUACAGCCAUCCUCGAUCUGUCGAAGCACUUGAUGUAUUCCUUUUACUAUGAAGUUCUCCUACCCCGCUAUGGACAAAAUGUACGUUUGCUCUACACUGAUACUGAUAGUCUGAUCGUACAUAUUCAAACGGAUGAUCUGUACACCGAUAUGUCAAACAACAUAACAGCCUAUGACACAUCCAACUAUUCACCAUCCCACCACCUGUACAGCACGGUCAACAAGAAGGUGGUAGGGAAGUUCAAGGACGAACUAGGUGGCAAACCCAUCAAGGAGUUCAUUGGUUUGCGGAGCAAGAUGUACGCAUACCGCUGUGAAGACAACGACGACAAUGGCAAGCGUGCCAAAGGUGUGCAGAGAAGCGUGUUGAAAAACACCAUAACCGUCGAUGAUUAUCGAACAUGUCUCGUCGAGGAGUCUCAGCUGAAGAGAACAAUGAAUGUUCUUCGAAGUCGACGACAUUGCAUUCACGGAGAGGAGCUACACAAGAUUGCCCUCUGUGGAUUCGACAGUAAGCGUUACAUUCUGGAGGAUGGUAUCAACACCCUGGCAUUCGGACACAAGGAUAUUCCAAAGCACUGAGGGAUUUCCACACAUACUAGAGCAUAUGUCAUAUCUUCUCAUGAAAUACAUUGUAAAUACUAUGCGAUUCAUAAUAUUCACGUUAAUCCAAAGCAUGAGCUACAUUGUACAUAUGAAAUGCUAAUACUUUUUGAGAUCAUUCACAUCCUUCUUUGUUAACCAGGUAUGGAAUUUUUCGUCUUGAUAA